GUCCUAAACGGCGGGGUUUCAUUCAUAAAUACUUUUAGCUUUAAAGAAAUAUCACAUUAAAGCGCUCAGAGGAGGGUUUUUGUGUCACUUCCUUCGCCCAUCCACCUCCUUUAUGGACCAGGCUGGUAGAGAAGCCAUGCAACACUUUCAUCCUGUUGCUCCAAGGCCAGUGGGGCAGCCCUGAAGGGGAAGCACUGCUGCUCUGGCUCGGUCGGCUGGGUGGGCUGAGGAUGCAGCAAGGGAACUGAGGAGGAGAGCCCUGAGUUACAGCCUGACACACACACAUACACACAAAUCCAGAGCUGCUGCUGCUGCUGCGCACUGCCCUCCAUAAGGGGGGACUCUCUAGUUGGCUUGGACCAUGAGCAAUGAGUCUACCGUCUGGAACAUCCUACCAGAAAACUCAACAGGGAUCCAACAUGAAGCUAAGGAGCAGCAGGAUGGCUAUGUGCUUCUCCUGGUGAUCCUUUCCAUCUUUCUGGUAGGAACGCUGAUCAGCAUCUCAGUCUUUCUCAUCUUUUGCCGUCGCUGUUGUCGAGGAGAGCAGCUCUGUGCCAGGGCCAGCGAUGACCCCGAGAAAACUGCCACUGAUAUGGAGGGGUCUCAGCCCACCAAUGAAAUCACUAUCAGGGUGGAUGAGUCAGACUGCCUGUCCAUGGCCAGCUCUCACGACCAAGAGACAGAGCGCUUCCUGUCCACCGGCCCCACAGGCCGCCGUGUCUCCUUCAAUGAAGCUGCUCUCUUUGAUCAUGGCAAGAAAACCCAGGAGAAGGGCCGCAGGUACACUCUGACCGAAGGCGACUUCCAUCAUCUGAAGAAUACACGGCUCACAAACCUCAACAUCCCCCCACCAGCACUCAAAAUAGUCACUAUUCACGAGUGUGACUCGGCUGAAAACACUAUCACAGCAGUGGCGCGGCCUGUUGCUAAAUCAGCUCUUUCCAUAUUCCAGCCAAUGCUUUGCCCCCUGCCACAAACACCUCUGAUCAGCUUAGGCGUGAAUCCCAGCUGUGCCCUCCCUGGGGAUACACUCAAUUCGGUGGUUGACACCAGUUUCUGUGAGAACUCUGCAGCUCUUGGCAAAAAGGAGCUAAGUUCCAGCUCUAUUGAGAUGAUGCGAGCGAGGCCCCGGGACAGAGGCAGCAGCGUUAGCAUUGGAGAGGCAGUGCCAGCCAUGGGAAACAGUGGCAUGGGCCCCGCUGGCAGCAUUGCUGGAAGUCCAAGGCCCGUCUUGCAGUUUCUCACUAAACUACGGCGCCAUGCUAGUCUGGAGGGAGCCAGCCCCUACUUCAAAAUAAAAAAGUGGAAACUGGAUAGCAGCCAACGAGCAUCCAGCCUGGAUACAAGAGGUUCUCCGAAACGAAGGCAGUUCCAGCGCCAGCGAGCCGCCAGCGAGAGCAUGGACCAGGAUGACGAUACUCACCACAUAGACCUCAUCCAGUACAUCGCUCGCACCCAGGAUGUCCCAUACUAUCAGAGUCAACCCACCACACGCCUUCUGUCACCCCCAUCUACACCACCCCCCUCCCUCGGCAGGGUAGAGGUAGAGGUGGUGGUGGAGCCCAGCUGCAGCCACGAUGGGCCCGAGGUGAUUGGCUUGUCCCCUGAUCCUCAAAAAGAGACCCUCUCUGUGGGGAGGAGGGAAGGCGGCUACUCCUCGGACUCCUUCCAACCCCAAGAUCCACAAUCACUUUAUAGAGACAUAUGGACACUACGCGCAUCCCUUGAGAAGUACGCUGCCUCUGACCAGAGCAGCAACAAUGACAGGAACUCAGUUUGCGGUGAUGCUGACAGUGUCUGUUCACUUGGUGGACGGACAGAUGGUGAGAAAGGAGGGCUUCCUAGUCAACAAUCCCAGGACUUAGGGGACGAGGCAGAGGGGGGAGAGGAAGACAAUGAGUUCUUUGCACAUGAGGAUAAGGGGUUUGGUAUACAAGAGACAAGAAAGAGAAAAUACGGUAGCACAGAAUCAGAGCGAAGGGGUAGUGAUGCAGAAUCCGGUACUCGUAAACUGUUACAGAUGGACAGCGGCUAUGCGUCGAUAGAGGCUCCUUCUCGAGGUCCAGACGACCUGAGACUGUUUAGCAGCAGUAGCAUCACUGGAAGUCCUAAAGACAGAACUGCCCAUGAAAAAAGGCAUCAUUUCACCAAUGCGGGGAGGACAGGUACUAUUGGUGAGAGUUUUGAGUCUCAUUUGUUUGAGGAGGAGCCUGAGGAUGAGUUGUUAAUGGGUGCCAGUGGAGGGGUUUCUAUGGAAAUAGGAGCUAGUGCUUUAAGCUGGCAGCCAUAUGGUCAGAUAAUCACCCCACGAGAGGCUGAACUACCUCCAUCUCAGCUGAUUCCCCUUCACCGGCGUGACUACAGCAUAGAUGAGAAAACAGACGCACUCUUCCAUGAGUUUCUCCGCCAUGACCCUCAGUUCGACCUGCAGGAGUCGCCUAGAAAACAUCGCUCCCGUAUCCAUCUUCGCAAACAGUGGCAGCGUCACAAGCAAUGGAGCGAUCCUGGAGUCAGACACUUCCAUUCUUCCUUUGAGAGACACAGACUCCCUCUUCGGAGGGGGGAAAGUGUAAACUACCCCUUGGACACAAGUUACCACACUACACUGCCCCGCAUUGUCAGUGCUCCUGACGAGGAGACCAGCGAUGGAACUUGCAGCACCCCCGACACCCCAAAAGUCAAGCCAACGUCUACUGUUUCUCCAGAAAGGGAAAGGAAACUCAAUGUCAAAGAUUCUGAGGAACAAACAUCUUCCACUCUUCCAUCUUCCAUCUUCCCAUCUGAAAAAGACAGAGGACUGGCUGAGCAAGUUGACACUAAGGAGGAUGGCAAACAAUGUGGGCACCUUGCUGAACCCCUGGAUGAGCGCUCACCCCCUCACCUGCCUGAGUCUUCGGGGUAUGGUCCUCAAACAAUCACAGCCGAGCUUACGGAAAAACUGACUGCUAACCUGGAUGAGAGACUGUACACAGCCCUUCACCAGACCAAGGACACAACCAUGGAGUGUGUAACAGUGACAGCAACAUGUGCAUCCCCGGACCAUAGCCCAGUGUAGCAGGGCUCCAAUCAUCCACUUUGUCAGCAUCCCUUUUCCUGAUACAAAUUUUCAUUUAUUUUGGUUUGCUUUCAUUAAGUUCUGUCUUGCAUGGCUUGAUUGGGGAAGUUUAGAGCCAUGAAUAAAACAUCCAAAUUAUACUUUCAAUCAAUCACCACAAAAAUCUAGAAACCAUGAGAUCUGAAAGAAAUAUGCCUAAUUUAAGCAUUCUAAGUUGUUUAAAAUGAAAAUACCUUAAUUAUUUUAAAGAAUUGUUUACAAGAGUAACAUGUCAAAGUAUUUUACUGAUAACUUUUAUUUAUAGCCAAUCUAUGCCUGGAUUCAGCAUUUUUGAAAGCAUUGAUGUCCUUCCAGUGAAAAUACCUGAAAGUGAGGGCAAUUACAGCCUCUGCUCACUGAUCCACUGUGAAACCAGGUGCUAUUGGACAAGUGGAAAGCUCUUGAAACGGUCGCAGUUGUUCCUUCCUAGUCAUAGUUGGCUAACUAAAUGAAUGAUUAGACUUUGAUCAAUGUUCCCUCUAAGCUGCGUGGCUGCGGAAUUGCGUGCUACUCAAGCAUUCCCAGCGCCUAUGAAAAUCUAAGCAGUGCAUAAAAUAAAAUUCAUUAUAAACUGCAAUCAAUUGGACCAAUAACAUGUUUGUCUUUAUCAUUUUGAAUUCAUGUAUAAAUUUUUUUCAACUUAAAACCAUCAAUGAACAUAUCCCCAAAUUCUGUUUCCUAAUAUAAAAAUGGAAAACAGUCUAUCUAGCGAACGAUCUACUCUUCCAACCCAGUUUAUAAUAUCUCUAUCAAAUCAUCUUUAUAACAAAUAUAAAUACAGUUAAGAGUUUUAUUAGGGUGAAUAUGUUUCAUUAAAAGUAAGUGUCACACAACAAAGAGCUAGGAUUGAGGAUUAGGGCUACUAAAAUUUUUUUUUUAAAGUUAACUGACUAUUUUAUUUGAGAUUAAUAUGGGAAUAGAGCAUAAUUCUGACUUCUUUCUCAGAAUUCUGACUUUAAUCUUCGAAUUCUGACUUUAAUAUCAGAAUUCUGGUUUUAAUCUUCGGAGAUUAAAAACAAAGUUCUAAGAUUAAGGUGAGAAUUCUGACUUUCUUCCCAUAUUAAACUCAAAUAAUAUUUAAAAAAUUGUUAACUUUUAAACAUUUUUCCAGUCUUCAUAAUUCUCUCCCAGGGAGGUACAGUGCAAGAAAUAAUCCAACAUAAGAAAAAUAUGCGGCGACCCAAAGUAUUUACCAGUCUGGUCUUCCGGUGUUCUGUCAGAUCAGCAUACCCCAUCAGACCAGCAUACCCAUAGUCAGUACGCAUGCGCAAGACGUCAGAUUUGCAUAUGUCGUGUCAUAUGAUAAACAAAAAGUUGUACUUUCACGGUAAACACACACACAAUUACCAGAAAAGCAGACCGAAAGUCAAGCACAAUGAAACUCACCACUUUGCAACAGCCCUGCAAUCCAAAUUUAAGUCAGGGUUAAGUCAUUUUGUUCCUAUUCCAGUGACAUUUAUUAAAGCCUUUUUUAUUUAUUUACUUAUCUAUAUUAAUCAUGAAAUGCUUAUACUGUUAUAUAAUUUAUAGAAAUGCUAAGAAAAUUCUGAUUUAAAAAUUAGUUAUAAGAAUUUGUAGUGUAUAAAAAGCACAGCACGCAUUUCAUUGUAGGAAUGUUUUAAUGUGAACAAAAAGUUCUUUCUGAAGGUUUAUUUUUUCGUUUCUUCCAGAGCAGGAGCCUGACCCUGGCCAAAUCUGGACUGUUACAUAUAGUAUACCAUGUAUCUAAUGGACAACGUUUUUUUUUUUUUUUUCAUUUUAAAUCGGCCAAAUCACCUAAAUUAGAAGUAAACUAAUGGGAAUUGCUGCACUAAUCUCUUAAAUUUUAAUAAGCCAUAUAGCUUGCUAUGAUCCUAGGUUUAUAACAAGUUUAAUAUUGGUGUGUGGGAACAGAAUGCACAUGUGAUGCGGCCCACACUGGUCCUCAGCCUACUCAGGGGGCUUGUGUGUAUAACCAGACAAAUAGAAAAUUUAGAGGGAACAUUGCUUUUAAUUAAUCUCUCAAAACCAUUUUGGGAAAGUUAAUUUCCAUGUGACUGUAGGUCAGGUUAAAAAUUUACAAGCCAAGCAUUUGAAAGGCAAGGCAAAUUUCUGGUGGGGUGCAUUCAUUUGAAGGGGUUCUAAUUAUUUCUCUUUGCUUAGUCCAUUCCUCAGCUUUGCUGCUGCUUCUUUGUUAACUUGUAUUUUAUUUAUUGGGAUUCUCAUAUGCUUUGAGAACAUCUUUACAAAUUUUAAAGUGUAUAUGUAAGACCUCUAUGAGCUCCUAUUGCUUUGGGCCUCACUGACACAAUGGGAUUCUAUUGCGACAUGAAAAAUAGACUUUUUUGUUUACGGGUCUGUAGCCAUCUAUUAAGCAGUUGUAUAAAAACUACUGAACAUGACAGGUUUUUUCCAAUAUGAGAAAACUAUUAGAUCCACACCAGGCUUUUUUUUGUUUUUUUUUUUUACAUCCUUUAGCUUUUAGCAUACACCAAUCAUAACAUAAUGAACACUAGCUUUUAAAGUAAAAUACUCUUUAUUCUUUCAUAACAAAAAAAACCCCUCCAAUGUGUUGGAAUUUGAUGCCUUUUUACCAUCUUUUUGUUCUUUUUUGAUGACUAAGUGGGCCGUGAAGUCAAACUUUGCCCCUCCAGAGUAUCAUGAAACAAUUUAAAAGUGGUCUCUGUGGCCAGCUAGUUGAAAGAUGUUUUCUAAAAAAUAACUGAGCAGAGACCACCUCUUUUCAGCUUGUUGCACAUCGUUUCUACUUAUAAACACACAGGAUGAAUUUCUCUGAUGUGUGACAAGACAGAUUAAAGCACUGAACUUCAGCAAAAUGUCUACUUUUCAGGAGCGCUUAUAGUGGAAAAUAAAACACACAAAGCGGAUGUCUUUACAGCUACAGCUUUCUGACGAUGUUACAUUCUUCCUCGAGCUUGCAGAUCUCCUGCAGAGUGGCUUGUCAUUAUGGGUUAAUGCUGGAAACAUUGUAUAAAGCCCCUGUCACACCUUAACGACUUAGACAGCGUAUCCCUGACGUCCCAGAAUCUUCUAAAACACUGGAAUACCCUGAACUGUCUAUGUAUUUUUUGAAUUUUGGGCAUAUGCAUAGAGUAUUCAUAACAAGUCCAGAGUGUGUGCCCAACGACAGCCUAACUUAUGCAUAACGCAUGGCAGCAUAAUGCCCAUGAAAUGUCACAAGCCAGUCCUGAGGGGGGCGGCAAUGCGUCUGGAGGUGCCCGACCUGCAUAAAAAGAUUUCUUUGAUCGCUGUAUUAACCUAGUGGCCGUUUACCUCCAUUUCCUCCUUUGGACCCCCUUUUAUACCAAAACGCUGCCAUUACACCAUUAUACAGUAGCUGUAAGUUAGAAACAUGUCCAGCAGUUGUCUGGAACACGUCAGAUACAUUGAUAUGUGCUGGAGAUUAGUUCUUGUUAAGUUACGCAUAAGUUAUGCAUAAGUUACUCAUAGGUUUUAGAUAAGCUAGAUACCAUGACUUAUGAGUAACCUACACUUAACGUUUAUCAAUGAUUAAAUAACUUACCUGUAACAUAUGACCCAUGUAUGAGCAUACGCUGACAUAAGUACUUGUCGACGUGUGCUAGCGUGCAUCAGCGUCCUCAUCACUGAUACAAAACUCACCCAUAACUUAUCCAAUGUAUGCCAGCGUUUUUGCCAGAUUUUUCGUACGUCAGGCUAAAUCGUCAAGGUGUGACGGGGCUUCAGGGAGGCUACUGAUUACCACUUCAAUAUGAUACUUGGUGAGAAACAUUAGGCAGCAAGAGACAGAUUUUUUCUUCAUAUUAUGUGUAAGAAAAAGUUCAGAAAAGGCUGAUAUGGUAUGCUUGGACAAUAGAGUCAGAGCACCUCCUAAAACUGCAGCAUUCUUGGUCUUUAGUGUUCAGUAUCUAUUAAAAGGGAUCAAAGCUCUGUGAACUGGCAACAGAGAAGUGACUCAAUUUUGUAUGUGGGAAGUAAGGUUUGGAUUGAAUGCUCCACCAAAAGCCAUAGAUGUCAUAGAUGAUCACUACAUGGCACUGUCAUUGCCUUUCUCUUCUACAGCUGGAAGACUCUUUUAAAAGUGAGUCCAACUGAUAUUUAUAUUAUUUAAUCCAACAUUUGUUCCUCUGUUAUUCCUCUUUCUGUGUGAUCCUAAUAAUUAGGAGCUGCCUUUCAAGUAAAAUGACAUAUUUUGAUUAUUCAUCAAGAGUAAAGACAGGACAAAUUAUUAUAUGUUAAAUAAUCCUGAGCAUAUCUGUCUCUCUGAUGCUUAGCAAAGGCACCUCUGCAGACGAUGGGGAUGAAUAUUAAUCAUAUAAGGAAGGGGAUAGACCUCUUUUUAUCCCACAUCUCUGUUUUCUCAGUCUUGGAGGCUGCAGCCUUGCAGUAAAUGGAAAGGUCUCCCUCUCUAUUAGUGUGGGUGAAAGAUGAUGAUAAUGCCUCUCCCCUUCCUGCACAGAUUAGAUCUUCUCCUUCUGCAUGAAAAGAGUCUUCUGUUAUGGCAAAGUGGGCAGGAGGAGAAUUCCCCGUCCAACUGAGAUGAAAGGAGGUGAAUGCAAAUAAGAGAGUGGAGAUCCUUGUAACUGCUGUUCUUUACCGUCAUUCAUACACCAUGCAUAUGAAUCUGUUAUCUCCCAAAUAUGUUAUGUCAUCAGCUGAAAGGUAAUAAGAUAACAUAAACACCAGUGGGUGAGAUGUGUCUUAUGAAAGAGGAAGGUAGCGGCUUUCUUUGCACGUCAAAAGCCUGAAAUAUCUGAUCUGAGUCGGUAUUAAAAAGACAGCUUAGAAACCAUAAAACCAAUGGUUAAGAGAAAUAGUGGAAAUGUAACAAUAAUACAGUUUGCUGUGUAUUCAAGCACAAUAUUUCAAGAGCUAGACUAAAUCAAUGUUCUUCAUUAGAUUUAGGAUGAUACUGUAAAAGUGAAGUAAAUGGUGUUUGUACACAUUUGGUACGCAUUGGUGCCAUAGCCACAUUUAGGACUGCAUGACAGUUAACAUUUCAUAAUGGAUUCUUUAUCCUUUUCUCAGAGUUAUGGUACAAAAUAAUCAAAUCCAUAAUUUAUCAUCAUUGUUAAAGGCAGACUUUUUUUUUUUUAUUCAGAAAUGCUUUUAAGAGUCAGACUCAAACGAUAUAACCCAUUAGAUUUUGUGAGAUUUAUCACUUGGAAUGUAAAUCUGUGUUCAUUGCUUGUUUGUAAACAUUUCUUUAGGGAACAAAAUGUUGUACGCUUUCAUAGCAAUUUUGCUUCUGUUGAGUCAAAUUUAUUUAAGCUUGAGGGACCAAAUUGUUUUAAAAACAGGUGUUUAUUUUAGGCUUGUUUUACAAUCUGUGAAUAAAUGAAUGAAGUAAA